AAAGUAUCAGUCACAGCCUCUGCAUCCACAUACCCUGACCGGCUGGAGAACCCUACUCACCCUCGCCAUGCUGUGUUGCAGACUUUUCACCUCUCUUGGGAGUACAAGGACCAUGUUCUCGUGAAGGCCUUCAUGGAGUGCAAGAAGAGGAGCUUGGUCAACCGGUGCCAGGUCAACCACAUGCUGGGCCCCAAGAAGAACCAGGCCCUGCCCUUCAUGCCAAUGUCCUACCAGCUGUCCCAGACCUACUACAGGAUUUUUACAUGGCAGUUUCCAAGCACCAUCUGCAAGGAGUCAUUCCAGUUUUUGGACAGAAUGCAGGCUGCCAGCAAGUUGGACCAGCCUGAUCAUUUCUCUUUCAAAGACCAGGAUAAUAACGAGCCCACAAAUGACAUGGUGGCCUUGGACGGCCCUGGAGGAAGUUGUGUGGCCGUCCUGACCCUCUUCUCUCUGGGCCUUAAUUCCGAGGACGUCAGGAUCCCAGAGCAGAUCAUCGUGGUAGACAGCUCAAUGGUGGAGAAUGAGGUCAUCAAAAGGUAAGAGCCCGGUGUCCGCGACAUCGGGUCUGGACAUGUGCUAGGCAUUGGCCAGACACAGAUGAGCAGGGAUCAGCAGUGCCUUCUGGGAGCUUGCAGGACAGGCUUUGCAGAUGAGUGACUGGGGAUUACAGUCCAGUCCAAGGCAUCCUCUGCUGGUGCCUCCCGGGUGCUAUGGGAAUCCACCA